AUGAUGUUUACAGUGCCUCAAAAUGUGAGUGUUAAAGCAUUGUUAAGUAGUGCGGCGUCACCACAGAAUGCUCUCAAGGGAUGUGUUAACCAACGAGUACAGUUUGAUAGUCUGACAGUCAAGGUAACAACACCACAUAGAGGUGAUUUCUGUCUCAAAUUACUCACUAAGGGCAAACGAAACAAGUACAGUGUUGUCUGUAACUACCUGCUUACUACGGACGAAUUCAACUCUAAAAAGAAGCCGCGAACAUAUGAGAAUGCGGAAGAGAAGAAUGCACGCACACGUUUGUUCGAUGCUCUGAUAAAGGGAGACAAUCCCGACGAUCUUCAAGACGCAAUAGACAAGUUCAAAGUGCUAAACCUGCCUGACGAUGGAGAAGUGGAGAAGGCUAAAACCCGAGUGUGUUACCUCAAGACAAUGAAAGAUUUCAAGGAAGGGCUAAGUCGCAGGAGCCUACCUAUAUUAGAGAAAGCUUUAGAUAACUCCAAAAUUCUUCCCAAGACUGACGAAAUGAAACCCUUGGUACGUCAGGGAACUAAGAUGGUAAAAAACCUUAAGACUUUAAAGAAACACUCCCAUGAUGUACUGGCAUUAAGUUCACGAACAAUAUCUGAAUUACACCGUUACCAGGACCCCGUGCCUGUUAUGGUGGACAUCAUGCGAGCGACCUACCUGUUGUUGGGCGAAGACGACGCUUCAGUGGCUGAUUGGGAAAAACUACAAACUAUAAUGAGGAAAACAGGCCGUGACAGUUUGAGUGUCAGAAUACGAAUGUUUGAUGUUACUAAAGUCAAGAUUCCAUUGGCCAAAAAAGUGCUACAGACAAUCCAAAAGUACGACAAAGAUACGGCUAUUGGAGCUAGUGCUGGAGCAGGCACCUUCUACCUAUGGGCGAGUGGCGUCGCCCAAGAUGUUAUAUCUGAGGAAUCUACGACAAUAACAGACAAUACAUCUACCUCUAUGGGCAGUCCUCAAACUCUACUUGACACACAGCGCGACACUCCAGGUGGUAUACCACAUGAUACACCAUGUGACAUUCCAAGUAACACACCACGUGAUGAGGAAGAAGUACCCAUUACGUCCAGGACUGAUUCCGUGUCAACAUGUCUAAGUGUGAUAUGUGUCUGA